AUGUCCGCUGCCAUCAACAUCCCGAGCAGUCGCUCUGCUGUUUCGACGUCUCCCAUUGCGUCCAGCAGCCUUCAUGACCGUAUGCUCCUCCGCAAGGACUCGGUCAACUUCUCCAUUCGCCUGCCCAAGGUUCUCCACCCCAUAGACAAUGAAGACCUUCGACUACUUCUCUUGGAAAAUAUCAGCCAGGAGGCAGUGAGGACUUUCCGUGCACAAGGCUUCCAUGUCGACCACUCGACCAAGGCCAUGUCGGAAAAUGAGCUCGUGGAGAAGAUCGGCUCAUAUCACGCCAUUGGCAUCAGAAGCAAGACCAAAAUUACCGAGCGAGUCCUCCAGGCUGCGUCCAAGCUCCUGGUGAUCGGAUGUUUCUGCAUCGGCACCAACCAGGUCGACCUACCUGCCGCGGCCAAGGCUGGUAUCCCAGUGUUCAACUCGCCCUUCUCCAACUCCCGGUCGGUCGCGGAGCUCGUUAUAUCCGAGAUCAUUGCGCUCGCACGGCAGUACUUCCAGCGCGCGAUCGAGGUGAAGUCCGGCAUCUGGAACAAACAGUCCAAGGGGUGCUGGGAGGUCCGCGGAAAGACCCUUGGUAUCGUGGGCUACGGGCACAUCGGCUCCCAAUUGUCCGUUCUCGCCGAGGCCUUCGGAAUGCGCGUUCUCUUCUACGACGUCGUCAACCUGAUGCCCCUGGGGUCCGCUCGCCAGGUAGAAUCCCUCUCCGCGCUCCUCGCGGAGUCGGACUUCGUGACCCUCCACGUCCCCGAGCUCCCGGAGACGAUGAACAUGAUAUCCACUCAGCAGCUAGCGCAGAUGAAAAAGGGCUCCUACCUCAUCAACAACGCGCGUGGCAAGUGCGUCGACAUUCCUGCACUCAUUGAGGCCCUUAAGUCCGACCACCUCGCCGGUGCCGCCCUCGAUGUCUACCCCGCCGAGCCCGGCGCGAACGGCGCCCCAUUCGACGACCAAUUGAACCCUUGGGCCAGCACCUUGCGUUCGCUGCCAAACGUCAUCCUCACCCCGCACAUCGGUGGUUCUACGGAGGAGGCGCAGAGGAUGAUUGGAGAAGAGGUGUCGUCGGCCCUCGUCCGCUACCUCAAUUACGGUGCCACCCUCGGCGCUGUCAACUUCCCCGAAGUCGACCUUCGCGCCAUCACACUCGAGGAGCCGAACCACAUCCGUGUCUGCUACGUACAUAAAAACAUCCCCGGUGUGCUGCGCCAGGUCAAUGAAGUCCUCUCGCCGUUCAACGUCGAGAAGCAGUACUCGGACUCCAAGGGCGACAUCGCGUACCUCAUGGCGGAUAUCGCGGACGUCAGCGGCAAGGACGUCAACUCGCUCCGGGAGCAGAUCAGCAAAACUCACGCGAACAUCCUCACGCGCCUGCUCGCGUAG